AUGGGAUCGUUGACCGACGACCCUCGGCUUCUGCUGAGGUUUCUUAUAGUUUCGUGUUUCAUUUUCGUCGCGAUGAUGGUGGUGGAGUGUAAGGACUUCAGUUGGACGGUGGAAUAUAUUGAAGGCAAUCCAGACGGGGUCGAAGGUAUUGUCAUGGCCAUCAAUGGCCAGUUUCCAGGCCCGGAAAUACGAGUUCGGGCUGGAGAAACCGUUCGAGUUAAUCUCACCAACGGGCUUUCCACCGAGACCGAAGGGGUUGUCAUUCAUUGGCAUGGGAUCAGACAGUUAGGAACGCCGUGGGCAGAUGGGGCGGCGUCUAUCUCACAGUGUCCUAUUAUGCCGGGAGAAAGUUUUGUUUACGAGUUUCUAGCUGACAAGCCGGGUACAUACUUUUACCAUGGACACUACGGGAUGCAAAGGACGGCCGGGUUGUACGGCAUGCUGGUAGUUGACGUGGCACAAGGAGAGGAAGAAAAGAUCAAAUACGAUGGGGAGUUCAACAUGUUACUCAGUGAUUGGUGGCACGACACUGUCCAGACACAGGCGGUACAUCUUGACAGCAAGCCUAUGAAAUGGAUUAAUGAGCCACAGAGCUUGUUGAUUAAUGGGAGAGGACAGUACAAUUGCUCCUUGGCGGCAAAAUAUGAAACCAAUACCACAGCUUGCACUCUAAGAGGCAGUGAGUCGUACGCGCCAUACAUUUUCAAGGUGGACCCAAACAAGACCUACAGGUUCCGAAUAGCAAGCGCCACCUCAUUGGCUUCACUCAACUUGGCAUUUGGGAACCACAUGGUGGAGGUGGUGGAAGCUGAUGGCAACUACGUGCAACCCUUCAACACGUCCAACAUAUACAUCUACCCGGGCGAGACCUACUCAAUCCUCCUCCGAACCAACCAAGACCCGACCCAAAACUAUUGGAUCAGAGUCGCAGUCGUAGCACGGGACCCCAAAACUCAUCCAGCCCUAACCUUCCUCCAAUACUCCCCCAACUCCGCCAGCGUUCUCCCGAGCUCUGCCCCACCCCCCGCCCCCUUAUGGAACGACUUCCCCGCCGCAAAAAACUUCUCCAAACAAAUCCUCGCCCGAGACGACACCACUCACCCACCCCCUCCAGCCACCUCCAAACCCCGCACGCUCGUCCUCCUCAACACUCAAAACCUCAUCGAUGGACGCACAAAGUGGGCCCUCAACAACAUCUCCCUCGUCCUCCCGACCACCCCGUACCUCGCCGCGAUCAAGAACAACAUCCCGGAUGCCUUUGACCGCCGGACACUACCCGACUGGCCAGAAUACAUUGGAGGGUACGACAUCACGAAGCCGCCGGAAAAUACGGCGGCGACCACCGGCGACAUGGUAUACACGUUCGGGACAAAUGAGACGGUGGAUGUGAUCCUGCAGAACGCGAACGUUCUGGCGCCGGUGGGGAAGAGCGAAGCGCAUCCGUGGCACUUGCACGGGCACGACUUCUGGGUGCUGGGAUAUGGGGAAGGAAAGUUUACGGAGGAUGAUAGGAAAGGUUUCAACGUGAAGAACCCGCCGGCGAGGUUCACGACGGUCGUUUACCCGUUCGGGUGGACUGCGGUGAGGUUCGUGGCGGAUAAUCCAGGGGUUUGGCCGUUCCACUGCCACAUAGAGCCGCACAUGUACAUGGGGAUGGGGGUCGUGUUCGCGGAGGGGGUGGACAAGAUCGGGACCCUGCCGCCGAAUGGGUUCACGUGCGGGAAGAUGGGCCGGACUAUAAAUGGGAAAUCGUGA